AUGGACGACUCCGACGUUGGGGGGGCAGCGCAAGCAGUUUCAGCGGAGGCAGUGGAUAAGUUGACGGUGAGUUGGGCGGAGAUGGCCGUGGAGGGAGAGGCGGAGGAGUUUGCCCCGGCCGGUGAUGAUGUAGGGGAGGUCGAGGUGGACGGGGAGAAAUUGUGGGCUAUUGUAGGCCGGUUUCUCACGGCAAAGGCAAUCAAGCUUGAGUUUAUGCGACAGGUUAUGGCAUCCGUGUGGCAACCGGUACGAGGGGUUCAGGUAACUGAGAUUCAACCGGGGCUUUUCUUGUUUGUGUUUUAUCAUGACACGGAUGUUGAGUACGUGUUGGAUGGGGGGCCAUGGGCGUUUGAGAAUAACACGCUUGUUUGUCGAGAAGUUGUGGGGGGGAUGAGCCCGGGUGAUGUGCCGUUGGAUACGGUAGAUAUGUGGGUUCAGUUGCAUGAUUUACCGAUGGGUUAUACGUCGCAGAAAGUUCUUGAACAAGCAGGUAAUUUUAUUGGCAAGUUCGUUAAGCAUGAUGACCGAUUUGUUGGGGCUCCAUGGAUAACUUUUUAUCGUAUUCGGGUUUCGAUUGCGGUAAACAAGCCAUUGAGGAGGGGUAUGAAGCUCCUUAAAGGAGACAAGACUACAUGUUGGGUUUUUUUUAAAUAUGAACGACUCCACAAAUUUUGUUUCUUCUGUGGACUCAUGGGGCAUGUCCACACUUUCUGCUUGAAGGCCCGGGAGAGUCGGGUGCCGGUGGACAAGCUCUCGUACGGUGCUGAGUUGAGGGCAGGAGGCAAUCGGGGUUCGGCAAGAGGGGUUGGCGAGAGUUGGCUUAUACCGGUUGGGGGGAAACCGUUGCCGAUGCCGAUGUCUGAGCCGGAGAGUGACGAGGGGGAUGGAGGGAGGCCGGUCGAAGGCCGUAGGGGUGGUGGGGGUUCGGGUAGUGCCAUGCCGAGGGGUGGUGAGGUGGUGGCAACUGGGAAACGCCGCAGGGAGGGGCAACAAGGAUGUGUUGGAUCGGAGGAUGGGGAUGUAGCAAUGAACGAUGUUUCAAAAAACUUGUGUAUGGCGGGAGCUACUAUUCAGCCCCGCCCGUCCUCAUGA